AUGGCCGGGAACUGUUUCCUCUCCUUAUUUGACUACAAAACGGAAAAGUACAUCGUUGCCAAAAAUAAGCGAGUUGGAGUUUUGUACAGACUUAUUCAGUUAUCUAUAAUCGGCUACAUUAUUGGGUAAGUAUAGUAUUUCCUUUUUCCUCUAGCCUAUGUAAUUUUCGUAACCCAUAUCAAGUUACCAAAUUAGCUUAUAUAUGGAAAAUGUAUACCUGACAACGUUGGCAUUUGACAUUUCAAACUUCAAUAGGUGAGCCAUUAUGCAGUAUUAUCACUGAUUAUUAUGAUUCACUGCAUAAUGUGCAACAUCUAUAUUAUUGACAACACUUCUGCAAAUUGCAGACCAUGUUUUUUUUAACAUCAAAAUGACUCAUUUCCUGAUGGUUUUUAAGUGAUGUUGUACUGAAUCACAAAUAAUAAGAAAAAUAACUAAAAAACAUACUUCUUUCAACCUGUAAAUGUUUGCUCUCACUCACAGGUGGGUUUUCCUAAGCAAGAAAGGCUACCAGGAGACAGAUGAGGCAAUCCAGAGUUCAGUCAUAACAAAACUAAAGGGAGUCUCAGUGACAAACACCUCUGAGUCUGGUCUGCUGGUGUGGGGACCGGAGGACUAUGUCAUCCCACCACAGGUUUAAAUGAAUAUUGAAGCAGCUAUGUCUAUGACUUCACAGGGAAUGAUCACAUCUGUCAGUGCACCAUACCAUGCUAUUUAAAAUAUUUCAGACAGCGUUAUGAAAUGCACAUACUGGUGGCUUUUUUCAUGUUUGUUGCUGACACCCACUUGAACAACAGGCUGUAGCAGAGUCAUGAGAGAGUGGUUUGACACCAUCGGAAAAGUUAGACGACAGGAUUUAUCACCUCUGUGUAGUUAGAGACCACUGUCAGAUGCAGGUCAGACAAACAGAGGUUACUGGCAGAAGGUAGGAAAAGCUGCUAACACUUUCUGAUAGCUAAGAAAAUGUACCAAAAAAGUGGGUGUGGAAGAAAUUUUGAGGUUAACCUAGCUCAGCAGGGAUGUAGGGUCAGAUCACUAUCAUCAUAAUGCCACCACCAUGGGAGACUGUCAGGAUGAAGACUAAUUUCUCGUGUUUUCUCGUCAUAUAGGGGGAAGCUGUUCUGUUUGUAGUAACCAAUUUCUUGGAGACGCCUAACCAGAAGCUAGGAUACUGUGCUGAGGUGAGACUAGUUUUUUUAUUUUAUUUAUCUAUUACAGAUUUUUUUAAGCUUCUGUUGUUGUUUUUUUUUGGUUCAUCUCAUUUUCAGUGAAGAGCUAAUAGUAUCAGCAAUUAUUGUCUGUUAAAACCCAAAUUCACUUUCACUUUAGACCGUGACAGUUGAAGAAACUUUGCUGCUUUAAUUUUGGAAACAACCACAUGAUUAAUUCAGUGAAGUUUAAUCUUUGUCCUCAUUUGACUUUAUUACAGUAUUUGUGACUUACUCAAGGCUGGAUAGUCUUUUCUCUUUGAAGCCAAUAAGCUGAAACUGAAAGUAUGGAUGAAUUUUCACAUUUUGAAUACGCUGAUGCCUUUAUAAAAAAUAUAAUGGCAAUACAUGGACCAUCAACUGAAGUUACACUUGUUUUCAAGAUAAGAUUAGAGAAGAUGAGAUAAAGGUUUUAAAAUGUACAUAAAAGAGGAUUAAACUCUGGCUGCUUUACUGAUAAUUGUAAUUAUUGUGUUCAUUUACUGUUGCUGUUAUUUGUCCCUUAAUUCUUCCACUCUUUUGUUUCAUUUAUUGCCACAACUAUGUCCUACUCUGAAUUUGGAGACAAACUUGUUUGUUAACCUUGAGGUAACUAGUGCGUUUUCUGCUGUUAGUAUUAGCUGGCUUGAAGGCAUGCUGUGUUGAGUAGACACCAUGUUUUCUUUUAGAUUCAGACCAAUUGAGUUUGUCCUAGGAAAACUUUAUUUACUCUUCUUGUUUGAGGUUUGACUUUGUGUGACUAUGGUAAUAGGUUGGACUAGUAAAAGCCCUGAGCAGUGUUUAAAGUGUAAGGAUAAACACAAUAACAAUACUUUUUUUAUCACUUGUGUAACUUGAUCUUAAUUAUUUUUCCUAUAAUGAAAUGCAGUUUCAAGUAUGCUGUCUUUGUUAUCUAUCACUUAAAGCUCCUGUAGGGAACUUUCAGCUCACCCCCUGUAAACACAGCAGUCUUUGCUUACCUUGUUCAUUACAUGCUGAAGUUGUAAUUUAUGACAAAAGUAUCAUCUUUGUCACCAUUGACAGUCAAAUGUAAAAUAUAUAUUGUGAAUAUUUUAAGUGAAAUUUUAAAUAUAGGGGGGGUUCUUCAGCCGUCUGGUUGGCACCUACCUUCUCACACCAGUUUCAGGCAUUACAGCGAAAAGCUUGUUAAUCUUGUCACUAAUGGUCUUGUAUGCUUUUGACUCUUAUAGAAAGGCAGUAACUUGAAUGUGAGUCUGUUUCAUAAACAGGAAAAAGCUUUAAACCAGUUGGACACCAGUAGAAUCAGAUAUUUGUGCAUAUUUGAAAAAUAGCAAGGUGGCAAAGAUUUCUGUUGAAUAUGAGUUUAACAAAUCAGACACAUCAACAGCUUGACAGAAACACACUGUGAGGAUCUUUUAAAGUUGUUAUAGAUCCUUUAAAUCCCUUAAGUUUCUAGUGAGGAGAUGUAUUGUGUUUGAAAAUCCGAUGUAAAGGGGUGUAUUUUAUAAACUAUUUAGAGUGCUCUCAAUGGUCUUUAAAUUGUGAUUAUGAACUUUUUAGCCCAAAUCAUGUUAUCUGUGUCAUUUUCAAAAGUUUUUCUUCUGCAGAGCUCCAGUAGUUCAUUAGCAAUUCGCCUCUAAGUCCUGGGUAGAGGCGGCACUGCCUACAAUGUUAGGCUAGCUUGUAGCCUAACAUUGCCAGUACAGCAGAAGUAGCAGGUAACAGCUCUCGGACACUGAUGUCUUUGUGGACAUGAUGUACAAUUAGCAUGCUUACGAGCAUUGCAAUCUGCUACACCAUACACUUGUUCCGCCAUCGUCCUCAUAAUAUGUCCUCUAGCAUCAGAAAAAUGCCGUAUGAACAUGUAGACAACAAGAAAACCAUAAUAUUCAUUGGAGUGGGUCUUUAAUGGAGCUCGGCUAACUAGUAAACAACAACAACAACAAAAGAUAAUGGUGUACUGGGCAUGGUAGUUAGAGCCAAAGGAACCUACCAUGCACUUUCUUUAGCUCGCUUCUUUAUUGUAGCGAAACACCCUCCCUGAGUGUAGUGGCCUAUCACUUUGUUCAUCUUUGUCUACAUUAUAUCUGUAACAACAGAAUGUCAGAUGGUCACUGGUAUGUAAACUCAGUCUCUUUGGUCUCAUACCUCGCUGCAACUGCCAAGAGGAAUGACUCAGACAAGAGCUGCACAGCCAUUAAAAAAUUAAAAUAAACUUUUGUGUAUAUUCUGGUUCUCAGUGCCCCUGCGUCCAAAAGCCAUCAGCCCUUGAGAGGGGCCCUUUAACAGUCCUGGGACAUAAGUCAAUCUGGCAGGCAACAUGUAAACUGUUAAGCUGCAGGUCAUCACUAUUGAUCCUAGCUGCUGACAAAUCUGCAUUUUACAUGACUUUAAAACAUCUCUAUCACGUGUUAAAGAUGAUUCCUGCGUCAUUAUCAUUCAACUGUCGAUUUUUCUGUGGAUGAAUCUCAGGGCAAUCAUAAAGUUGACUCAAUACAAAUUACAGUCUAUUCUUCUUGCUUUUUACAUCUUUUUAAUCUCUUUUACCCAGAUAUUUGCAUCAGGUGUAAAUAUCAAAAUGUCACUUUAAGAACCACGCGCUCGCUAUCUGUGAUGUUUGCUUCCAGAGUCCUAAAGUCCUGGAUGGCCACUGCAGAAACGAUGAUGCGUGUGAAGAGGGAAAGAUGGUGGUGGCUGGAAACGGUGAAAGAAAUACGUUUUUUCUUAAAGUUGUAUGCUUAGGCUUUCCAUUCCUUUAUCCAUAGAGGAUCAGAAAGAGGACGGCAUAGGAAACCUGGAGAGGGAACAGGAAAUGACAUACAGGAAAUUGAGCAAGAAUCACAAGAACAGCACCUCCUGGAGACUGGUUGCAGUACAGGUCAUAAAUCCCGCCUCCUCCAGCAAACUUGAAUGGAGCUGCGGACAAACUAUAGAAAUUUAUUACACAGAUUAUAAAAUUUUCUCCCCCCUGGUUGUGAUGUUGACGUAGUUAUUCUAAGACUGGUUUGUGCUCAAGUCCUCUUUUUAUCUGUGCAGCUCCAUUUUUAAAAGUUCCUAAGCGUUCAUGUUUUCUAUGAUUGACACUUGAUACAGCCUAUGGGCGUAUGAAGAUUACAUAGAUCAUCCAGGGGAUUCGCUGAACGCUGCUGCAAAAAUGCCAGUUUCAGAAAAUGGAUAUCCCAAGAACAGUUUGACUACAAUGACAGGAGGCGUAGCCACUUUAUUCAUACCAUAUACAGUCUAUGAUUUUAAACACACUGAUUUGGAAAAAUUGAUGCAAUAUGUGUAACUGAAACUAUUAAGUGCCUGAACUAUUAGAAAUAAAAAACAAUCCAAGUAUACUUCAUUGAGAAUUCAUCUCUCAGUCUUAAAUCUGUUCCAAAUUUCACUGAAAAAAGGAAAUAUUCACAGAAUGAUCAUGUUUUUCUAAUGUAGAUGAACCAUGUUAUUGCAAAAGAAAUAUUCAAGUCUUUUUUCUUGUCACUUGUGAUGACAUGGUUUUCCUUUCUCUCCUUUUUUGUAGGAAUUAUGAGCGGCCGAUGCCUGAGAAAAGAUAAAAAUUCCACUGGUACCUGUGAAAUCUACGGCUGGUGUCCUAUUGAAAGAGAUUUCAAACCCCGGUAACUAUGUUUACUGAUGGAUUUCAUAAAUACACUAGUACAAAGGUGAAACCAUGUUGGAAGCGGUUUAGUUUGGAAAAUACAUCACUACCAGAGGUCAGCCACCAACAAGUAAUUUCUUCUUUCACAGAGAACCUCAGCUGGCAAAUGCUGAAAACUUUACAAUCUACAUCAAGAAUUUCAUUCUUUUCCCAAAAUUUGCAUUUUCAAAGUAAGUCAGCACUCACGAUAACCUCUCUAUAUACUGAUUCACUGGAAACAGAUGAGUAAGAUGAGCAGUGCAUGCAUACAAACUCUGCUGUGCUCCUUUACUCCAAGGUCAAAUGUUCUUGAAACAACUGAUGGCUCCUAUUUGAAGAAAUGCCGCCAUGAUGAGGAGCUCCACCCUUACUGCCCCAUCUUUCGCCUGAGAGACAUCACCAGGCGAGCUGGUUACAACUUCCAGGACAUGGCAACGUUUGUCAGUAUACAUUUUUCUUAUUCUGAGUCAUUAGUUGGUAAAGAGAAACUGAUCUUAGAAGCCCAGGUGAAGGUUUUGGAUUGGUUAUGAAACUAACGUCUAUCACCAGAGAUGCCUCUUUAUGAGUUAUAAAAGCGAACAAUAUUAUUAGCAGAAAAGGUAAAAACUGUGUUGCCCAAAGUUACUGCAGCUGUUAGACUACACAACUGACACUGCACUGAAUUUAUCCACAGCAAAUAUUCACAAUGAGUGAAAAGACAGUCUGUUAAUAAACAGCAAAAGGAGAUUUUUUUGUCUACAAACACAUGACGUUAGUAAAAAAAGGAGAUUUAUCCAUUUGUCAACAAGGGGGCAACAAUCUACAACAGAAAGUUUCUCACAGGAGCUUCAAAUUUAAACCUUGUCACCAUUUAAUCAUUUAAAGUCAAAACAUGCAAAGAGACUCAUCUGAGCUGGUAAAAGAAUCUAAUCCCAGCAUCCUCAGUCAUACUAGAAACUGUAGAAAUCAGCAGCACUAACUGCUGCAACUGUUUGUACAAAUUAUGAUAAAAUCAUUAUGACAUCUGGAGAUGUUGUGGAUCCGUGCAUGGUGUUUAAAUUGCAGUGAUUGACUACACAUUAGUUGUCUUAGUUAGUCUUACAAUAUUAUGAGAUUCUGACACUGGCAGUAAGGACAUUAGAAAUACUGUUUUUAGGAAGCCUGUCAUACUUUGGUUAAAUUUUGAUUUUAUUGCAAAGUUGAUAAGUAUUGCUCAGAAAUCCAUCUCAGUCAAUGUUAGGGCCUGGUAUGAGGAGCUAUGGCAGUAAGCUGUAUACCAUGAUAAAAUGAUAUGUUUUAGGUUUUAGGAGUAAUGUCUGUUAUGAUCAAAUGUUGAUUCUGUUUUUUUCAGGGCGGCUCCAUUGGCAUAAUGAUACAGUGGGACUGUGACCUUGAUAAAGGGUACUCUAACUGCAAUCCAGUUUAUCAUUUCACUCGUCUUGACAUCAGUGUCUCCAACACAACCAUUGCAAGGGGCUUUAACUUCAGGUGACACUCACUGUGAGCCCUGUCUGUCACUCUCAUUUCAAUCAAUCAAUCAUCAUCAUCAUCGUCAUCAUCAUCUUUUUGUUAUUUUUCUGUUGUCUUAUUUUCUCUACAGACACACUCGAUACUUCAAAAAUGCUGCUGGUGAGAGCUACCGAUCUCUUUACAAAGUCUAUGGUAUUCGAUUUAACAUCAUGGUGCAUGGAAAGGUAAAUGCACUAGAAAUUAUUAACAAUGAUUAACAAUUAACAAAGUAAUAUGCUGCAUUCCUAGUAAUAUUUUAACAGUGCUUAGUAGUGUUUUUUAAGCAAUUUGUUUUCUAGUUUGCUUAAGAAAUUGAUUUAAAGAUGUCCAGUAUGAAACCCUUGUUGAUUUACAUUGAAUGAGGAAUGGUGUGGUGUGGAUUCAUGUCAGCUCUUUGCUCUGUUUUGUGAAACACUGUAACUGCACAUGUUCAGAAUACACAAACAAGAGACAUGAUUUUAGUACUAGAAGUUUUUUGGUCCAUUUUUAGUCCAAAAGGUUUUCACUGACAGUCAAAAGCCAUGGACUGUAGGAAAAUGGUCCAUGUGGAAGCAGAAGGGAUGCAUAGCAUUGGCCAAAAUGCAAUCCCAGAACUCUUUGGCUUUUAUUCAGAGACAAUCUAUUUUUUAUUGAACUACACAAACGGGUGUAGAAACAAUUUCUAAUGUCUCCAAUCAAGUUGCUUGUCUUCUUGAAAGAUGUCCAAGUUUGACUCUGCCAAAGUCUUUAAUGUGACAUUUUUUUCAAUGAUGAAUGUGAUUUAGCAGUGUAACUAAAGAAAGGUCAUGCAUUUGGGUAUUAAUCAUUUGAUGUGCUAUUUCAUAUCAAAGUUGAAGUUGAGCAUCCUUUGAUUCUAAUGCUGAUAAUGUCUAAUACACAUAGGCCGGGAGGUUCAGUAUCGUCCCAACAGCCAUCAAUGUUGCAGCAGGUCUUGCACUGAUGGGUGCUGUAAGUAUCAUAAUUGAAAUACUUUUUCUUUUUGUAAAAAACAAAACAAACUUUUUUAUAUUUAAUAAUUUUAAAACAUGCAUCAGUCAAAUGACUAUAAAUCCUCAUUUAACAGGGAGCUUUCUUCUGUGACAUGGUCCUCCUCUACCUGAUGAAGAAGGGCGACUCUUAUAGAGAAAGGAAGUUUGAAGGAUUCAGGGAAGAGAGGUAAUACACAAGUACAGGUGCUGAAUUUUUGGAUAUGAAAUUGUAACGGGGAUAUUAGACCUCAUGUCAGCCAUUGAAUUAAGAGAGUAACAAGACCUGAACAGGCCCAAUAGUGUUUUUUCUGUCCAAGUAUGGUGUAAGAUGAGCGUAAAAUAAUUAACCUGCAUUAGUCUGUCAUUUCAGCCACAUAAAAUGAAACACUGUUGAUGUGUUUUAUGUUGACAUGAUAGAUCAGGAAUGUGGGAACAGCACUGGAAGUAGUUUUAUGGCUGAGAUCCUUGAUAACAGCUGAGAUUUAACUGUGCCUGAACAGAGCUAUGUCAUUAAAAUACCCAGAACAACUUCCAGCUGCAAGUUAGAAUAUUAACCUCUCAAAGUUUGUUCACUUUAUACUGUAAAAAGUUUGUAAAAAGACACACACAAAAAAACUUUUGCCUGCGUUAUGUUAGAACAAAGUAGAGGUCCCUCCCCACUGCACAUGCACUUGCUGUGUGCAGUUUUUGCAGGUCCAACACCCUACAACUGUGGAAUCAAGACUAAAACUGUGCUCAAAUCUUGUUGUCUGACAUGCAUAAAUUACUUGCACAAACCUUAAGCCUAUUUUGGUGAUUGAAUUUAGUAUUUGGCUUCUCUAUGACAAGCUUUCGAUGUUCAAAAUUUUCACUUAUUUCUUUCUAAAACCUGUCUUUGUUCCACAGCAAUAGGAAAUCGUUGUCUGAAGACACAUCUGACAGAAAAGAUGUAGAGGAGCAAGAGAAUCUCAAAUCUUAG